UGUGGAGAACUUUACUCGUCCAGGUGUGCUGGUGCCGGCGGUCAUGGGUCUGGUUUACUCCGAGCCGGCCUGUCAGACGGCGUAUGACGGAGACAUCCAUCAGCUGUACCGCGUCCUGAAAAAAGACCCGACUCAGCUGAAUGUCCAGGAGGAGCACUACGGGGACACGCCCCUCAUUGCAGCCUGUCGCCGUGGCAACGUGAGGGUUGUCGAGUACCUGCUGGAGAACGAGGCCAACGUCCACCUGACGAAUAAGAAGCAGAGGAACUGUCUGCACUACGCUGCCAAGAGAAGCCUCUCUCUGCUGGAUUAUCUCAUGAUCGCCAUCCUGCUGCCCAUCCUGCUGCUGGGAUACUUCCUCCUGCUGCAGAAACAGCGGCAGCAGAAGGCGCUGAUGACGGCGGUGCUUAGCAGCAAAGUUAACGUCAACGCUGUCGACUACAGAGGAAACACGGCCCUUCAUUACAUCUGUCAGAGGAAAAAUCAUCGUCUGGUUCCUCUGCUGCUGGAGAGAAACGCUAAAACAGAUAUUCAAAAUAAAGACGGAGAGACGCCGCUGGACAUCGCCAUUCGGCUGAAGUUUAAAAAGAUCAUUAGGAUGCUGCAGAAGACGCAAUGACAGACAGAUUCCACUCCAGUCUUCAGCCUGGUUCAGACCAGAGAUCCAUGACAGAGUCAGAUCAGAGCAUAUCAGAGGACGACUGCAUCUCUGGGGGCGGAGUCAGACCGGCUAAACAGCAGGUCUGAGAACGCCAUCAGCAUCUACCACAGACGUAUGCAGCUUUAAGUUAAAUCCAUCAGUGCAAUAUUAUUACUAGUACAAUACAAUAUAGUAAGAUGAGGGGUGUAGGACUAUCACCAGAGGGGAGGGACAUUUUUUAGUUUACCAAAAAAAGAAGCACCUUGCUACUGGCUGUUAAAGUCCCUGUAAAGUGAUAAAAAUAAAUCAGUAUUUAGGUUUGUUGUAUGACAGACUACUAUGUUAUGAACCUCCAGGUCAAAUUUCAGUCUAAUUAAACAUCUUUAAGUAUAUAAAAUUACAUCUCAAAAUCAGAAAUGAGGCAGUAAAAUCUGCUCCAGGAUGGUGUGGGCAUGUCUGUUGAAAAAGAAGACGAAGCCACACCCACUCAGGAGAAAAGCAAUCCUCUCAAAUUUUAAAAAAUGUGAGAAAAAAAGCUGCUGCUACAACUCCUUUUAAAACCACCAGGGAAAGUCUCUAAAGUCUGAUGAAACAGAGAGCUGUGGAGCGGUGCGUCUCCUCCAGGUGCAGGGGUGUGAGCUGACACACUGUCAGUGUUGCAGAGCGUCCCGUUGCAGGCAGCAGCAGGUUUUAACUCGUCUCAUGAAUCUUUGGUCUGAACUGGGUGGGUGGUAUUUUCUAGAACAGUUUAAAAAAGGGUAAUGUAAAAAUAUUUGUAUAAAGUUUCCAAAGCCAGCUUGUACCCUUUUUGUUUCUCUAGAAGUCCUGGAGGAUUUUAGUGACAUCAGAUCACUUUUUGUUUUAAUAAAAACAGUGAAAUGUUCAGUAUUUAUUCUUGGUUCAUAGCAAAGGCUCCAUUAGCAUUAAUGAAAUAAAACAAACAGUAAAGCUCUGUGUUUUCUGCCCUUAAUUAGCCUUAACUAAUCCUGGAGUCUGUUAGUGCAUGCUAACUUCACUGUGCUAAUGGAUGUGUUUAAAAUCCCUCUAACUUGUUCUUACCCACCCUAAACCCAAAAUACCUGGUCUGACCCUGCCCUGGUUUUUAUGGUGUCCGUUCUUUAUUGUGUGAAAUACAAAGUCUGUUACAUAGAAGACGUCUCGGCUGAAACAGCCAUAAUAAAAGGUGAAACUGUGCUAAAUAACAGGCUAACAGUUACCCUCAGUCUCUAUGCUACGCUAUGCUCAGGUCAUUGUGCUAGCUGGCUAACUGAUGCUAAACUGGUGUGAACAGGGAUUAUUAUGGAUUUCACUUUCAUGCUGUUGUUAUUAAAAAUAUAAGAUAUCAGUCAUCUGGUACAUUUCAACACAGUUUUUUCUGUUUUUGAGUUGAAAACGUGGUUACCAAUAAAAUGUAAAAACAACAAGAAGGACUGAUUUGUGAGAAUUCUUGUAUUUAGGUUCAGUUUCAUAUCAGUAAUAAAAACAUCAGAUGUGACAGAAAAAUAAUUUGUUGCUAAGGUAAAUUUAAAGCCAAGGUUAAUGGUUCAAGUGUUAAAGAUGUAAGCACUGCCCAUUAGAUAUAAACCUAGACGAUUGGAUGCUCCACAUUUGAUUGACAGGACUAUAAAUCAAGGUGUUAUUGUUAUAAAAGUUUUAUUUCUUAUUGCUAAUGUUAGCAUUAGCCCUUUCAGCAGUCUACCACUGCAGCAGCACUGCUACCGAAGGUUUGGACCAAUCAGCAGCCUUGGAGCUGACGCGAUAGUUCUUUAAGUGUCCACCAGGUGUCACUGUGAUCAAACCGAUGGUGUUUUAGUAAAAGUUCAGACCUCAGAGAUGAAGGGUUUGAAAGAAAACGUCACAAUUAAAAACAUUCUCAGAUGCAGGACUGAGCGUGAGCUAGCAGCAGUUCAUCAAACAGAAGUUAACGAUAAAAUUACAAAUCAGUAAAUCAUCAAACGUAAAAACAGCAGUGCUCUUCAACCAGCAGAGGGCUCUGAGGCCUCGUCCACACACUAGCAGGAAUUUUAGAAAUGGAAGUGGUUUUUCUGAGGGUCUGGCCCUUUCACGUAGGCCCAGAGGUAUUUUAGGUCACUCAACGACAGCAGCAACCUCUCCCCUCUGAUGACUGUUCAUGGAAACCUUUGGAAAAGGGUUUCUCUGCUCCUCAUCACACCAACAACUUUUCUUAAGCAGCCAACUAUGGCCUCAAAUUUGGCAAAAGCUCCCAACAUCCCCAGCUUCACCAACAUUCUGCCUUUAAAGACAUCAUCCUUUAAAGCUCAUAAAACAUCCUGGCCUUUCCUUCAAAACUUAUAAAACAUUCCGGCCGUGUCUUUGAUGAUGACGUCAUACUUCAAAGCUUUUAAAACAUUCCGUAGUGUCUUUGAUGAUGACGUCAUCCUUCAAAGCUUUUAAAACAUUCUAGCCAUGUCUUUGAUGAUGACGUCAUCCUUCAAAGCUUUUAAAACAUUCUAGC